GGGAAGAUUUAGGAGAGAAGGGGAAGGAUCUCCCUGGAUAUCCAUUCCCAGACGCCGGCCCGUCACUGUCCAUCACUUAGCCGGUCCUCCCUCAGUCGCAACCGGAGCUGUCAGCAGGGUGAGGAGAUGGCUUCUCCCUCUAGACAGCCCCCCCUCGGGGGAUCAGGACUGCUUCAAGGGAGCCGGGCUCGUUCUUAUGGAAGCCUGGUGCAGUCCGUCUGCUCCCCAGUGAGGGAAAGACGCCUGGAGCAUAAACUGGAACCUGGAGACACUCUGGCUGGACUAGCACUCAAAUACGGGGUGACGAUGGAGCAGAUUAAGCGUGCAAACCGCCUUUAUACUAAUGACUCCAUCUUCCUGAAGAAAACCCUCUACAUCCCCAUCCUGACAGAGCCCAGAGACCUGUUCAAUGGUUUGGAUUCUGAAGAAGAGAAAGACGAAGAGGAAGAGGUACAGCCACGUAAGGAUGAAGUUAGGCCACGCUCAGCUGAGAGGAAAAAGCAAGAGACAGGUUCGAGACGUGCCAAUGGUGAAAUCCUCCCCGCACCUGGCCAGGAACCCCCCAUGCCCAUCCACGACCUCACGGCCUCUGACUUCCUUAAGAAGCUUGAUUCACAGAUUAGUCUGUCAAAGAAGGCUGCUGCCCAGAAGCUGAAAAAAGGGGAAAGCGGGGUGCCUGGGGAGGAUGCAGGUCCCCACCUGAGCUCCCCUCGGAUGCAGCAACGAGCGGUCCUAGGUCCUGUGCCGCUGACACAGACCUCAAGGACCCAGACACUACGGGACCAGGAAGAUGAAAUCUUCAAACUCUGA